CAAAAUCGAACGUAUGCAACGAUAACUUUUUUGUUUGUGACCAGUAUUAUGUGUUAAGUUUUUUUUAAUGGAGGGGCGGAGGUCUUGGGAUGGUGUGCCGGUGGGCGAGUCACACUCUCCUCCACAGUCGGUUCCAGGUCGCAGGACUCCUCUGGGGGCUGUGGGCUUGGGCGGCUUCUACAUGCAGGGAGGCCAGCCUCCGCCUCCACAGCACUGCUACCCAACUGAUGAGAACCAACCUGAGCCAGGAACAAGCUACGGGCAACGGGGCCUUGGUGAUGGUAAAUCAAAACAGAAGAUGCGACAAGGAAAAAACGUAAGGCUAAAUAUAAACGCCAGAGAGAGAAGAAGAAUGCAUGACUUAAAUGACGCCCUGGAUGAACUCCGAGGUGUGAUACCGUACGCCCACUCCCCUUCUGUGCGCAAGUUGUCCAAAAUUGCGACGCUUCUCCUAGCCAAGAACUAUAUUCUGAUGCAGGCCAGUGCACUUGAGGAAUUGCGCAGGUUGGUCGCGUACCUCCAAGGCACAGCUACAGCCGCCGGUAUCAUACCACCAGGGUUCGAUCUGGCCGGAUUCCCCGCAGCAGCGAAGUUUCUACAACAGCCCACUCCAGGACCAAUGGUUCCACCACCUGACCCGCCGUCUUGAGACACAAUCAAACUUGAACCUUACAAUAUGUAAAUAACGUCCUUUAUCCAUAAGCCGUAGAGAAAUGAUUAAGUAGCUAAGUAUUGAUUUAUAUUUAUUCGAUUUAUGUUAAUAUAAUACACGCAGCUGGAUAGCCAAUCAGCUGUUUUACGUAACCGCUAGUUAUUUUACAAAACUCUGUUAGACUAAACACGUGGUCAGUUUUUUUGGUACAGCCGGACCAUCGUAUGGUCCGGUAGGCGCCUAGCACCGAUUGGUCCAGCGUCAUGCUCGGUACGGUCCGGACACUGAAAAUAAAAAUUUUGUGCGAAUUACAAUGUGCCAAACCAUCGAAUAUGGUCCGCUACCGGACGGCGGCGUUCCGAGCGUUUGGCUGGACCAAAUCCGAUAAUGUGUUUAGUCUAUUACGUUACAACGAUAAAUGACGUAUAGCUGCCCACGUUUCUGCGUAAACCAUAACGGCAUAUCUACAUUUACAGUAUGAAUUUGGUACAGGGCGAUCAUGGUGAAUUAAAAAAAAAAGAACGCUAAUAAUUACUGACGUUAGUAGGUGUCAGUACUUGCUCAUUAUAUAGGAGUUUCAAACAAGUUUCUGUAGCAAUAAUACAAGCAUUAUAUAGGUUCUUAUUUCAAUAAUAACGGAAACCAGUUUUGUGUAAAUAAGUUACUGCUAUAUCUAGGUUUAAGAACCUAGCAAUGUUUCGACAAGCACGCAUGACAUUUCCAACCAAGUUUGAUCUGAUACAGAACAUUGUGAUGAGAUAUAAAAAAACUGAGUAAGAAAAAGAGAAAAACUAAGUAAUUAAUGAUACGAUAAUGUUUGAAACUAUAUUUACAAUACUAUGAUUAGGUACAUUAAAUUAAAACUAUCAUAACGUGGAAGUGUACCAAGUAAACUGGUAUAAUUUCCGCGUUAGAUAGCUGGGCUGAUCCGUUGACCUAAUAGCUGCCAUCGCUUGGGUUUUCCAGUAACCCUAUUGAGGCGCUAGAUAGUAGGUACUUUGUAUAUUCUCAGUGACUCUGGGCCCCACGGGCCAAGUGUCUCACACCAAACGGCAGAGAUAUGUAAGGCUCAAUGAGACCGACGCGGUCGUAUUUGCGACGUUUGCUGUUUGCAGGAGAUUCUAAACAUUCUAUUAUUUACAUUAACUAUCUAUUCCUUAACUAUCUUUUGAGUAGAUAUUUAUAAGGAUUAUAAAUGCAGUCACUCAUAACCUACUUUUUUAGGAUAAAUGAUCAAACAAAAUAAGCUUAAUUAGGUACUUUAAAAAAUGUAAAGAAACUUAACGUAAUGUGUAUUUGAGUAAGGUACCAUUGUUUUACUUUGAGAUAGAUUUUAAAUAUGACACCAUAUUGGGCAUGGAUAAUUAGGAUGUAAUUAUGAAAUAGGUUUAUUGAGGAAAUAUUGAUUGUGCUUAGAAUAUUAUUCCUUCUUAUAUA